AACUCCCUUCCACAUUGCUGUAUUCGCUGUGAAACGAAUCGUAGAGCAGAAUGUCGGAUACGAAGGAAAAUGAUUCUAGUCAAAAGGGCCAAGAUACCUCGCGGGACACGGAGUUAGAUGACCUGCUCGACAGUGCCCUGGAGGAUUUCAACAAACACAAAGAUGAUUCCGCCAAACCAAGCGCAUCCGGGGCGACGGGUGGUUCGGGAAAACCAGGCGACCAGGUUCCUUCCGCGGCCCAGCUGUUAAUCGACCUGAAGGCAGCGGGAGACGACUACGAAAAAACCAUGGCCGCAAUAUUUGGCUGCGACGGCGAUAAAAGCGACAACGCUUGGGAUGCAACGUUGCUUGGGAUGCAACGGAUCGCUGAAGCGGCCAGUUUGGCGAUACGCUCCGAAAACACUACAGACGAGGCCACGCCAGCGAACACACUGGACCCGGCCAUUAGCCAAACCAUCAACGACGCGCUGAAGGCGAUGAGCGAGGGCCAAGAUAACCUCCAGUCCCCAUUCAGCCCCGAGGAGAUCGCGAACAUAUUCGGUAACAUCGAUCUGAACGCGACGGGUGAAAACAAUGCAUUUCUGCCGUUCAUGCAUAAGAUGAUGCAGAGCCUGCUGUCGCCCGACGUACUGCUACCCUGCAUACGGGAAUUGGUUGAAAGGUACCCCGCAUGGUUGACCGAACACGGUCCGAGUCUUCCCGAAGAGGAGCGAGAGUUGUACGAGAAGCAGCUGAAGCUGCUGAAAGAGGUCUCGGUAGAGCUGCAGAAGGAAAAGGAGGACGACCCGGAAGAUGUGAAACGGGCAUUGUUUCAGAGCGUGCUGGAUAAGAUGCAAGCCCUGCAGGAUCUGGGCUCACCGCCGGCCGAACUGGUGGGCGAUAUAGCGCCUGGCAAUCCGCCAAUGCUCGAUCCGUCGUUAUUAAAUGAGCAGAAUCCCUGCCCGAUGAGUUAACUCGAAGGGGAAAGCCCCUGAAAUAAUCCCCAUACACGGAGCGGCCAAUAUAUACACUACGCUGUGUGGUUUUCCACGCAAAGGAUACAACGUUUCAGGGGUAAUGUGGCAAGUGACUAGCAGAUGAAGCGGAGCUGUCGUGAGGCUGCUGCUUUUCGCGGCAUUAAUAGGGUUGGUUGUAGGUUUCAUUUGGUUUCUUUGCUAGAAAGCAAAAUUAUUCAGUGCGGGCUUGGGCUUUGUUAUGACUCAAAUAAAAUGAUCAAACAUACGCGGCAAACAUUACCGGGUGAGGAACAUGAUCUGGUCUGGAAACUGAUAGGUUGAGCUAAAACGAGUGUAAAACAACCUUCGCAUUUGUUGUUGCUUCAUUUUCAACUACCAUAUCCUGUCGGGUUGCAUAGCAUUUCAUCAAACGCCAAAUUAACCUUUUUCUCGCUCGAACACGCGAUGCACGUGACAGAUUUUUGCUUCUUUACAUAAUAUUAAUUUUAUUUCAGGUGUUUCUUUUGCUUCCCUUCGCUUACGUGUGUUGAUAUUGAAGAGAAAGCCUAGCAAUAAACGAAUAGCUUUAAUUCUAAUGUAACCCCCGGCUUACGGAUGCGUUGAAUUUAUCCUAUUACUUUGCUAUUGUGUUGUGGGUGGAUUGA